GAAGAGGGCAGUAAAAGCGUUAAACCUCGUAGAAGAAGAAGAAGGCUUUCCCUCAGUCAGCUGCCUUCUCCAUUAAAUAAAAACAUGACGGUGUUGACAACUACGACGCUCUCAGUGCAGCUGCACUAAAAGCACAGCACUGGAUGGAUACAGCGAGGGACACUGGAUAUUCUGUUUAACGAAAUUAGUUACAAACUGUUGUUGAGUUCUUUGCUCGGGACAAACACCAUUUUUACAAGUUGAGAAGUGGGCCGCAAACACUGCAAUGCCUCUGCUGUUUUUGGAGAGGUUUCCUUGGCCCAGCCUGCAGACCUACACUGCCCUGAGUGUGGCUUUGCUUGCUGGCAGCAUCUUUAGUGCCUACAACACUGUGACAGACCCGGGCUUUGGGGUCUUGGAACCUGACGAAACACCAGCUGCCCCUGAUGUGGAUCUUGAACAUAUAAACAAUGCUAUUAGUAACACAGAACUGGCAACCACUGUCCUGUGGUAUCUUGUCACAGACAGUCUCUUUGUAUGGGUCUUGGUAAACACGUUCUGCUGCUCUUUGAUGUUAAUUGCUAAAAUGAUUCAGUAUAUGGUGUUUGGCCCGCUCAGAGUCAGUGAGAAGCAGCACCUGAAAGAUAAGUUCUGGAACUUCAUCUUCUACAAGUUCAUCUUCAUCUUUGGCGUAUUGAACGUGCAGACAGUGGAGGAGGUGGUCAUGUGGUGUUUAUGGUUCUCUGCCCUGGUCUUUCUCCACCUCAUGGUGCAGCUCUGCAAAGACAGAUUUGAAUAUCUGUCGUUCUCCCCCUCCACUCCCAUGAACAGCCAUGUGCGAGUGCUUUGUCUGCUGGUCUCCCUGCUGUUGGACUGUUGUGGUCUGGCAAUCGGCUGUGGAGGUCUACUGGGAGCUUCUCAUGGCAUGCACACCUUCAGCUUUAUGGCAGCAGAGUGUCUGCUUGUGACUGUACGCACUGGGCAUGUCAUCAUGCGAUAUUCCAUUCAUCUGUGGGAUCUGAACCAUCCCGGGACCUGGGAGAGUAAGGGCACAUAUGUCUAUUACACUGACUUCAUCAUGGAGCUGGCUAUGCUUUUCCUGGACCUGAUGCACCAUAUCCAUAUGCUGCUCUUUGGAAACAUCUGGCUGUCCAUGGCUAGCUUGGUAAUCUUCAUGCAGCUGCGGUAUCUCUUCCACGAGGUCCAGCGCCGUGUCCGCCGACACAAGAACUACCUUCGUGUCAUCAACAACAUGGAGGCCAGAUUUGCAGUGGCAACUGCAGAGGAACUGACAGCUAACGACGAUGACUGUGCCAUCUGCUGGGAUACCAUGUUGACCGCACGCAAACUACCCUGUGGCCAUCUCUUCCACAACUCUUGUUUGCGCUCAUGGCUUGAGCAGGACACCUCCUGUCCAACAUGCCGGACAUCCCUGAACAUCAAUGGGGACGGGGGCCAGGCGAGGGGUCAGCAGCAGGGCGCGGGCUUGGAAGACAACAUUGGCCCGGCAGGAGCUGCUCCAGAAGCCAGACCUCACAUCAACCAUCACAAUCACUUCUUCCACUUCGAUGGAUCUCGCAUUGCCAGCUGGCUGCCCAGUUUCUCAGUGGAAGUGAUGCACACCACCAAUAUCUUGGGCAUUGCUCAGGCCAACAACUCUCAGCUCAUGGCCAUGGCCCAUCAGAUCCAGGAGAUGUUCCCUCAGGUGCCCCCCUACCUGGUGAUGCAGGAUCUGCAGUUGACACGCUCUGUGGAGGUCACCACUGACAACAUCCUAGAGGGACGCAUCCAGGUGCCUUUCCCGACACAGGCGAUAGAGCGUGCCCCUACACAGCUGAACUCUGAGUCUAAUGAGCAGGACGGGUCCGGUGAAGCAGCCGAGCCGGGCCUCAGCGAGGCAGAAAACAUGGAGGUCAGAGGAAGUCGCUUCUCUAAGUCGGCUGAGGAGAGGCAGAAGAUGUUGAAGCAGAGGAAAGAAGAGAUGAUCCAGCAGGCUCGCAGGAGAUUUCUGUACAAUAGUCCAGAGGAUCCAGAUGAGGAUUUGCCUGGAUUGGAGGAGGAGGAAGAGGAGGAGGAUGAGGAGGACACUGGUCCAGAAUUGAACUUGACUACGCUGAGACGUAGAACCAUGGCAGCAGCUGCAGAGAGACGCAUGCAAAGUCACCAAGACCCGGCACCCUGAUGCACAGAUUUGACUUCAGCAGGAGAGUCUACCACAUCGUCAUCCCAAGAGACACAGACAGAGCUAUGUCAACCCUGCUCCAUUUGGUAUACAGUCAGUGGUUAUCACCUAUUCAAAACCACAAUUAAAAAGCAUUGCUAACAUGGCCUUUGGACUGUUUCGAGCUGCCUUAAUGAGAUGGGACUAUUGUGAAUGGCCUCUGCAUUACUGAUUCCAGAGUAUUUGGAGCAUUAUAUAAAUUGAUGGGUGCAAGUUCAAGAAAUGCAAGAUUGCAUUGCCCUUUAUUCACGUGCCACACAUUGCAACCACCAGCUUCUGCAGGGAGUCAGAUCCUGCCACAAUUAAGACUGGCUGUCAGAAAUGAGCAUGCUUUGCAUUCAGAGAGAAGGGGUUUGAAGGUGUCUGUUAGAUAAAAGCUAUUUGGGUCUUUGUUUGUUUUCCUUUUUAAUCAGAAUUUAUUUUCAUUUGUUUUGCUGAUGGCGAACAGCUACGUAUUCUGAGUGGAGAAACUCAUCUGAUGUAUUUGUGUGUUUAUUAUUUUAUGGGUUUCAACUGUGAAUUAACUGUAGGCAAAAUAACAUGUUUUUAUUUCUUACCUCGGAGUAAGAGAAUGUCACUUUAGUAUUGUUCAGCCUUUCUGUCAAAUAUGAAUGUUCCUAUCAACAUAAUGCUGCAGACAAAGUGUUUUUUGACCCACCUGGGUUCUGUAUUUAGUCUGUAAUAUGAUCCAUUGCAACCAGUUUUGUGAUUUAACACACAGUGGACAUGCAAAUCUUAGUUUUUCUUAAACUGUUUGCUUGAGAUGCAAAUGCAACACGGGAUGUAGUACAUUUUGUACAACUGGUGUCAUUCUCUUUUAAGUCUUUAACUAGCAUCUCAAAAUGGUAAGUUCUAAAAAAAGACAAUAUCAUUUUUCUAUUGAAUAUUUCAGUGGGUCAUCUGUGUCCAUCAUUUUGGAAUAUACAGGGCAAGUAGAAACUUUAGUCAGUGUCAGCUUUACUUGCUGGGAGAGUCUUUGCCCCUUAUCCAAGAGGCUUUGGCAGCAGAAAUAGAAGUAAAACAUUAUCAAGACUCGACAACAAGUUCACUGAUCCUUUGAGGUAUUAGUUCUAUAUUGAUUUUAUCUGCCUUUUAACUACUCACAUUGAGAAAUGCUAUAAUCAUCCUCUACUUAAAUACAUUUUUAAGUAGUGCAGUUACAACCCAACAGAAUCACUUCAUAAAAAAUAACAUCAAUAACCAAAAGACAAAAAGAGUAGCCGACAAAGACUUCAUCUUUAAACAUCGUAAGGUACAAUCAAAGUCUACUAACAACAGACUCGAGGGCUGGCCAAAAUGAACAUGAAGAGGAAGACAGGUCAACCCACAAUAUGUCAUGUGAUCUGGGCCCCUCCCUCUAAUUUAACAUUAAAACCAAUCCUUAUAAAAACAAUCAGUAAACACAGGACUACAAAUUCCAUCAAAAAUAAAGAACACAGGCAAAAUCACAUCAGUCACAAAUACAAGCUGCUGCUGGAGCUGGGGGGUGGAGAGAGAACACAAAACGAAUGAAAAGCAGAUGCACAUCAUUUCCAGUGUUGUCAAAUAUCACUGAAUCUGAAGUUUGUUGAGAUAUUAGUGGACAUAAACUAUGGACACUGUGUAUUAUUGGUUUAAUUUUCUGUUAUAAGAGUGCAAGGGCAGUGUGAGGUGAAAUAUGCUGAGUGCUUCUGUUUCCUUCUACCUAUCCCAAAGAACAGCCCACAGACUUCCACUUAAAGCUGAAGUGUUGAGAUUUCUACUUUGUUGCUCAAAAUUAGUUUUGGAGUUGUAAGAUGAUACAUUCAGAUUUCAAUUUGUCACAAUUUACAAAAAGAAAUUGGAGUAUUUUGUUGAAUUUCCUCUUAAUAUCCAUGAUAUAUUUUCCUGUUCAUCUUUCAUAACUAUUAAUGACGAUACUUUUUGGACUGAGCUUUCCUGUAUGUUUGUGCCUAAAUCAAGAAUGGUUCAGUUAUGGAUAAUUUCUGUAAAUGUAGUUUUUUUGUAAAAUAUGUGAAUACAAAACACUUAAUAAACAGAGCUUCUACAGCUUUUUAACAAA